AUGCAGAAAUAUUGCAGAACUGGAAGCUUGCUAAAUGUUGGAGGUCGAAAAAGAACUUCUGAAGGAUCACAAUCACAAUCUUUCGGAAUUGAGAAGUCAAUAGGCUCUUCCUCAUUUCCUGUUGAUUUGAAUGAUGAUUUUGAAUCUGAUGAACAUUGUAAUGAAAUGAACAAUGUAGGUGAACGUCCUACGGGAAGGAAGAAGGAAAAGAUAAAGCAAAAACUCUCGGAUGAGCGCAAUCAAUUUAUUGCCGCAAUGGAACAACAAACUACACAAUUCAAAGGAAUGUUCGAACACAAUCAUGAGCUACUCCAAAAACAAUAUGAGCUUGAUUUGUUUAAAGCUCAAAAUGCAGCGAACAAAAUAACAUUGGCAAAACAAAAAGAAGAUAACAAAAUCUUAAGAGUGAAUUUAAAUUUGAUAGAAGAUCCAGUUGUGCGUGAGUCGAUUAGACGCCAAUAA